UUGAAGGAUGAAAUGGGUGUUACAGCUUGUAAUGCAGAGGAUGAAGCUUUUACUUCACAAGGAAACAUAAGAGAUUCUUCGUCAUUUCAACUCUCUCUCUCUCUCUCUCUCUCUGUUUUUCAAACUGCAAACAAUGGCGUUAGUUCGCUUCCCUCUGAUUUUCACACUCAUCAUUUCUUCCAUUCUCUUGUCGAAUCACUCAGUAAAAUGCGACCACGAUGAGGAAGAUGAUCUUUAUCAGGAAAUCAACAACUAUAGGAAAACAUUAAACUUGACAUCUCUGACAAAGAAUGAAAAUGCAAAUUGCUUUGCUGAUGAAAUGGCUGACCAGUUCAAGAAUCAACCUUGUACAAAUACCACAGGUGCUAACACAGUCCCAGGUACAGAGCCUCGGUUCUCCAACUACCCAGACCUUUUAAAUAAAUGUCACUUGAAUAUUUCUAACACAAGGGAUGGAGCUGUAAUGCCUGUUUGUGUUCCUGGCCUGGUUCCAAGCGUUGUCCUUACAAAUUUCACACAAUCUCUCUACUCUGGUAAUCUCAACGACUCCAAGUUUACAGGAAUUGGUAUUGGUUCAGAAGAUAACUGGAUUGUAGUCGUACUGACCACAAACACUCCUGAAGGAAGCUUUGUUCCCGAUACUUCUAAUGCUGCUAAUUUGAUUUCUAAAUUUGGUUUGAUUUACUGCUCAAUUUUCUUAUUAGUCGGUAACCUUUUCCUGUUGUAAACAAGAGAAUGCCACUGUUCCCGUUUUUUUCAGUAUUGUCAAUUUGGAGGCAUUGUACUAAUNUGUGUCCGGGGAAACUGAAAAUAAUGUAGACAUGUGCUUCUCUAGUGAAACAGACAGCGGUUCAGGUUAUGUGUUGUAUCAAUACUGCAAGUGUCUGUAGGAUGCUAGAGAAGAGGAAUAGGGGGAACANCAUUUUUUAGACCAGGGUUGUUGUAUUACUCUUACCAUAAUCAACAUAUUGUUUUUCUUUCCUUU